GCGGAUGAAUUCUGCACAAAGGCACUGAGGCUCCAGCCUGACUGACGCCGGGGCUGCGCUGUUGCUUCUGCUCCUGGUAAUAUGCGCUCCACACCUCCAGAGCGCAAGCGGCAGAGGGUUACCCAAAACUGUUAUUAAAGUGUCCGCUGAUGAGAAGAUGUGUGAAAUAAUAUCCUGGCAUAUCACUGCUUAAGAAAAACGAAACAUUGAGUCUCAUUUUGCUGCUACAGACUAAACAUAGCGGUGAGCCUCCAAAUACCGCUGAGUCUUCUCUUGAGGUGGCAGUCAAGAGCAGGCCAUCGAGACAGCCUCCACACAGUCCCUGGAUCAAUCCCAUCCUCCCCCUGUCCCAUGCAUUCCACGACGUCCAUCACCUCCCUCUUCUCCUUCACCAGCCCUGCCGUGAAACGGCUGCUGGGAUGGAAGCAAGGGGACGAGGAGGAGAAAUGGGCAGAGAAAGCGGUGGACUCCCUGGUGAAGAAGCUCAAGAAGAAGAAAGGGGCGAUGGAGGAGCUGGAGAGGGCCCUGAGCUGCCCCGGCCAGCCCAGCAAGUGCGUGACCAUCCCCCGCUCACUGGACGGCAGGCUGCAGGUGUCCCACCGGAAAGGCCUGCCCCACGUCAUUUACUGCAGGGUGUGGAGGUGGCCUGAUCUGCAGUCCCACCACGAACUGAAGGCCCUGGAGUGCUGCGAGUUCCCGUUCGGCUCCAAGCAAAAGGACAUCUGUAUCAACCCUUACCACUACCGACGGGUAGAGACUCCAGUCUUGCCUCCAGUGCUUGUUCCACGACACAGCGAGUUCAACCCUCAGCACAGCCUGCUGGCCAAGUUUCGCAACGCCUCCCUGCACAACGAACCCCUCAUGCCGCAGAACGCCACUUACCCCGACUCCUUCCAGCAGCUACCCUGCAAUGCUUUCUCCUCAUCCCCAACCAGCUCCUUCUCCCAGUCACCCAGCACCAUCAGCUACCCCAACUCUCCAAGCAGCACCACAGAACCAGGCAGCCCCUACCAACUCACAGCAGAAACCCCACCUCCUCCUUACAGCAUGACGGAGACAGCAGCCAAUGAGGAUGUGAAGCCCAUGGACUCCUCAAAUCCAAACAAGUUAAUUCUGUCUGCUCCUCACAGAGAUCUACGCCCCGUGUGUUACGAAGAGCCCGAAUACUGGUGCUCUGUUGCGUACUACGAGUUAAACAACAGGGUGGGUGAGACGUUCCAUGCCUCAGCUAGAAGCGUGCUCAUUGAUGGCUUCACCGACCCAUCCAACAACAAGAACCGCUUCUGCCUCGGUCUCUUGUCUAAUGUCAACCGCAACUCAACUAUAGAACACACAAGAAGACACAUUGGGAAAGGUGUCCACCUGUAUUACGUUGGAGGGGAGGUGUACGCGGAGUGCCUGAGCGACAGCAGCAUCUUUGUACAGAGCCGCAACUGUAACUACCAGCACGGGUUCCACGCCACCACCGUCUGCAAGAUCCCCAGUGGCUGCAGCCUCAAGAUCUUCAACAACCAGCUCUUCGCCCAGCUGCUGGCUCAGUCCGUCAACCACGGGUUCGAAGUGGUGUACGAGCUGACCAAGAUGUGCACCAUCAGGAUGAGCUUUGUCAAGGGCUGGGGUGCAGAAUACCAUCGUCAGGAUGUCACCAGCACCCCCUGCUGGAUCGAGAUUCACUUGCAUGGCCCCCUGCAGUGGCUGGAUAAGGUCCUGACUCAGAUGGGGUCACCUCAUAACCCCAUCUCUUCUGUCUCCUAACACUCCCACUACCCUACAUGCAACAAGUGUAAAUUAUGUUAUCGGACAAGAAGCAGUGUUAUGCACACUGUUGGAGGGAUAUUAAGUACUGCUAUAUCAACUUUAUCUCUCAGCAGGUACACCAAAAACGUACACUUCAUAGUUAACGAGUCAUCGACAGCGAGUACCUCUGUCUGUAAAUAUAUUCUACACAAUUGUGCCCAAGGAAUCUGUAACUAACUCUAAAGACCUCUGAAAUCUACGUUUGGGUACCAAGUCUUUUAAGUAUUUGUGCUUUUCUUUAAUGUUUUUAUGUUGUUGUUUUUUUUAAAUGCUGAUUUUAGAAUAAACCCAGCCACAAUCUCAGUGUUUUAGAAAAGAAAAAAUUGUAUUUCUUGAGAAACGGCAAUGUGUUUGUAUUUAAAAAAUAUUUGACUGUGCAAUGCAGUGCAGUUUAGGUUUUAGUAGACUUCAUGUGGGGGAAAAAUAGAACUUGACCAUUGCAGCCCAUUGGAUUACCAGUCAUUUUAUCAUGGGCCUUUUGAUAUGCCAAAAAAAGUCCUUUUUAUAAAUAUAUAAAUUGAGUUCUACUAGAAAGGUUGGUGUUAUGGUUACCAUGGCUGCCUCACAGCUCUUGGGUCCUGUGUUUGAAUUCUAGCUUGUGGUAGCUCCUCUGUGGAGUUUGCAUGUUCUCUCUGUAACCAUUUGGGGUUUUGCCAGAUGCUAUUUCCUCCCACACUCCAAUGACUGUAUAUAUCUGUGAGUGGCCUGUGAUGCAUCCAGUCUGUGUCCUGCCUUGGAACUGAGCAGUACCUGAAAAUAGGUAGAAAGAGGUUAAUAGUAGAAAAUGUUUGUUCACCAUAUUGAAUCACAGCAUGUGGAGACUCUGCACUCAAGAAAAGACAUUUCUCUGGCCUUAUUAAGUAUUACAUUUAAGAAUAAAUUCCCUAGAUUUUAAAAUGUUUUUUGUAAUGGAAUCAGGCACACAGAGAGGCUGAAGGAUGGGUUCUACAUAAAGUGCUACUUUAAAUCCAGUAGGCCUUCAGUAAUUUAAUCUUCUUUUUUGUUGUUGUUUGGUCAAAUAGUUAACUCUGGUAUGGACAUUUGUCUUACAUCCUCUCUUAAUGUAAAAGAGUUAUAGAUUUUUAGCUGUAGUGAGCUCUCAGCUCUAUUUGUUUUCAGCAUGUUUUUGGGAUUCAGGUUGUGCUGUAUGUUGAAAAUCUGAAUCACAGAGCGCAAUAUUUGCUGUGCUUCUUCAUCAUCUGUUUGUCUUGCCUUCAGCUAUGCAGAUAUACUUAAAGUAAAUCUGUUAGACAACGUAAGUAUUAUUCUUUGUCCUAACUGUUGUGUAUGACUUGGAUAACAUUGAGAACUAUUUUGGAAAAUUGUUUUUCAAAAUCAAAUGUAUUAUCUAAACUAAUACAAUAAACAGCACUUAUGAAGAACCACAAAAAGGUCACUGUCAGCUAUAUAUUCUCAAUAUUAUUUAAAGGAAUUCUGUGGCCAACUAAUGGAUGCCUUCCAUCAAAGAAUUGUGGUGUGAUGGAUUACGGACAGAAUAAUAUUCUUUUUGUGAAUGUGUUGAUAAGGCGAUGAGCAUAACCAGUAAACCUCUUAAGAUUAAAGAUGGGAUGUAUAAAAGAAAAAUGUCAAGAUUAAUAAUCAUGCAACCUCUGGAGGGCAAAUAUGUUUCCAUAUCUUCGCUUUGUGAGGCCCCUAUAAAUAACUGGAAAUUAUUAAAAAUUCAUGUCUGUGAGGUUUCCAGCUUCUUGAAGUUGGCGGCUGAUCUGUUUAAUGUAAUAUUAGUGUUUUCAUUAAAAAAUGACCAAUAUCCAUGUCUGUGGAUGUAGUCUCAUCUUUCUGUAGUGAUGGAUAAGUUUGUUUCCCCGACCACUGCAGCUCCUGCUGGAUGACCCAAUUGGAAGGUAACUGAGGUUUAAUGAAUUGUUUUUUUUUUUCCCUGGGAAGGGAAUACCAGUACUGUCAGAGAUAAUCAUGUAAGGUGUUCUCCAAGGGCAGCAUAGUGAUGCAGUGGUCAGUAUUGCUGCCUCACAACGCUGGGGCCCUGGGUUCAAUUCUUGGGCUGCUGCCUGCAUGGAGUUUGUAAGUUCUCCCUGUGUUCGUGUGGGUUUCCUCCCACAGUCCAAAGACAUGCUGGUAGGUCAGUUGGCUUUGGGGAACAUUGCACCUAAAUGUGAAUGUGUGUUUGUGUAUUUACCCUGUGAUGGUCUGGCGUCACAUCCAGAGUGUAUCCUGCCUUCGGUCCAUUGCUUGCUUGGAUAAGAGUCCAGCUUCCCUGCAACACUGAAAGAAGCAGUUAGAAAAUGGAUGGAUGGAUUUUGUCCAAGGUGCAGUGAGUAGUUAUAAUAAAAGAUUUAACAUCACACCGUCAUGUGCCAGAUCUAGCACAAAACCUCUAUUUUGGAUUUUAUGUUUUAGAAACUGCCUUUUUUAAAAUUGUCCAUUUCCCUGGCUUCAGUGCCAUGAUGAGAAUAGGGGUUGGUGUUUGUACAGCUCAUCAUCUGUCCUGUUAAAGAAACCUGGACAGGCUAGAAAGUAACCAGACAUUACCUAGUGGUAGGCUUUAGAAAGAAACCUCACAUACUUGGGAGAGUGUGUUCCAAGACAGACAAGACCAGAGCAGCAGGUAGACUAAUUGAGCUGAAGAUUACUGCCUAACUUUGUUUCUGGAUUUACCUUUAAUGAACCAAAAUCAACCAGGUUUCUGAAAACUGAAGGGAGGUGUAUUUUCUGAUCAUUCUGAUCGCUAUUUAAGUUCCCUUUUUGUAAACCUUACAGGGGACGUUUGUGUCCUAUAUUUAGCAUCUGUUUUGAGGGCAGCCUCAAAGAAUGAUAUUUGUUUGAUUUCUGAAACAACCAUUUACCUAGAGUUUUAUGUUCAGUUUCUGAAUGCAUUAGAGUGAUAAUGAGUAACAUCUAGUUAAAGAAAUUAGACAGUACAGUGAUGGAGAUUUGAGAACUCGUUAUGCAAUUAGUUGUAAGAAGUCGUUUUUGUGUUUGUGUCUUGUGGGUGUAUAAUUCUCGAAUAAACAUUUGCAUUUAGUGCA